CUUAGGUCCGAUUUUGAAAUUGAUCGUUACAUGCCGGACUAAAGCAUGAAACUUUGCAUAUUGAAAGAAUAUUGUGGGUUUAAUCAAACAAAAAUUGGGUGCCCGAUUUUCAAUGCGUGGUUUGCCUUUAAUAGUAAGUUCAUUUUAGGGGUACGAUGACGAUAACUUCAAGACUGAAGAGGAUGUGUUGUCGGCUGUAUGCAGUUGAUGGGUAUUCUGAAAUGUCGUCAGAUAUUUGGGAACAGUGCAUCAUUUGUGGUACAGCUGGCAGUGAACUGAGAUGUCCUGGAAAAGGAAACAACCCUCAACCGCUUGAAUGUUAUGAAGAUUUCAUAAGAUGUAUGAAAGGUUUUGAGGAGUUAGGGAAGUUACCUUUCAAUUUACAAAACUAUGAUUACCAUAAUGCUUCACAGUUGUUGAAGAAUCAAGCAAAAUGGCAUAAGGCAUGUCGUCUGAAAUAUGCAUCAUCAAAACUCAGCAGAUUACAAGAGAGGGAACAAAAGAGAGCUCGAGAAAACAUGUGUGAGACCCCGAGAGAAAAUCAAAACGAUCACGUGAAUCACGUCAGAUCUGUGAUGAGCGAUGUAUAUUCUGUCAAGAAUCAGAGGGUUUGUUACACAGGUGCUCUACUUUAUCACUAGAUGCCAAUGUCAGGAAUAUGGCAACAGACAUCCAGGACACUGAUUUGUUGUCAAGGAUUGCAGGUGGAGACCUCGUUGCAAUCGAGGCCAUGUAUCACAAUGCAUGUCUGAGGAUUUACAAAAAUAGACACAGGGCGUUAAUAAGGGAACAGAACGGACUUGAAUCCGAUGAUUCACAUCAGAUGAAGGAAUCUCAGGUCUUUGCAGAGUUGGUUUCCUACAUUGAAGCCUCUGUCGAAGACGGAAAGUAUAUAUUUCCCUUAGCAGAUCUAUAUAAACUGUAUUCUGAUAAACUGUUCAUAUUUGGCUAUGACAGGAUCACCAACAAAUCAAGGUUGAAAGAAAGAAUACAAGAUCAGUUCAUCGGUCAAUGUCAAGAACAGACAGAUGGAAGGAAUACUUUGCUUGUUUUUAAUGAUGGAAUGCGAUCGAUGAUGAGAAAGGCAAUGCAAAAUCGUGAUUUAGAAGAUGAAGCCCUUACACUUGCCAAGAUUGCUAAACGCAUAAGAGGAGAUAUGUUCAGUGAGGACCUCUUCCAGUUUUCUGGUACAUUUCCUGAUGAUUGUGAACAGAACUCGGUACCCCAUAGUUUGAAAUCAUUAGUGUCGACGUUACUGUAUGGUCCCAACAUACAGGAUGACGACAUGACUAACACAAGAGCAUGUCUCACAAUUUCUCAGCUAAUCCUCUUCAAUUCAAAAGAGAAAAGCGCAAAUCUUCAAAAACCUCGCCAUUCCAAGAAAAGAGAGCCCCCACUUCCACUGUAUAUCGGCUUGGAUGUUCACACACGAACACGGAAUAAGAACAUAUUGACUCACUUAUAUGAACUGGGACUCAGUGUCAGCUAUGAACGUGUUUUAGAUGUAGGAGAUGCACUCACUAGUGCCGUUUGUCAGCGCUAUACAUCCCAAAACAUGGUUUGCCCACCACAGGUUCGUAAGGACAUAUUCACUGUUGGGGCUCUUGACAAUAUAGACCAUAACCCAUCAUCUUCUACAGCUGAAGGCUCAUUCCAUGGAACAAGUAUCAGCAUUCUGCAGUUCCCAACCACUGAUAACCCUGGCAUUGUCAUGGAACCCGUCACUCUCAAUCCGGAUUCCAGCACAGAUACUCCUUCCCUUCCCGACAAGUACUGCAUCGUCCCAGCCGUAUCCUGCAGUAUUGACGCUUUGUCAGUGCCUGAAGUGAUUGUCACAAAUGCUUCUGGAGUGGUUGAAAGAUCACAAGAAGAGGAAAAGAAAUGGACCCUCCAGAGCAUAUCUCUCCUUCAAAAGGACAAGCUUGAAAAGACUGACUGUAUCUCUUGGGGAGCAUACCAUGCAUCGCAGCAGCCUGAAGCAUCAACUGAAGCCGGUGUUUCUUGCCUUCUGCCACUGUUUGAUGAGAAAGCCGCAACCAUUAGUAUGGUCAAACAUGGUAUGGGUAUCAUUAAAGAAAUAACUGCAUUCUGUAAUCCAGGUCAGGUUCCAGUUAUGGCAGUGGAUCAACCUCUUUUUGCACUUGCAAAAUACGUACAGUGGGGCUGGCCAAACACUUUUGGAGAAGAUAUGUUCACAGUGAUGCUUGGUGGCUUACAUACCGAGAUGGCUUUAUGGAGGAUGUUGGGAAAUCUGUUGGAGGAUUCAGGGUGGACUGUGGCUCUGUUUGAGGCUGGAGUGGCAUCUUCGGGAACUGCUGAUUCAUUUCUUACAGUAUCCCACGUGACAAAGACUAGGCAUGCUCACCAGGUGACCGCUUUGACUCUGGCGAAACUGCAGAGAGAUGCAUGCAGAACAUUGAAUGGAGAAUGUGAAGAGGAAGCAUUUCAACAGUGGAAGAAACAAAUGAUGCAGGGGAGGCCAAUGUUCAAGUUUUGGGAUCUCAUCCUUCAACUGGAAACACUUGUACUGAUCUUUGUCCGAUCUCACCGUGAGAGGAAUUUCCAUAUGUAUGUAGAGGUAAUGGACCUGCUUGCCCCAUGGUUCUUCAUCUUGGACCACACCAAUUAUGCUCGCUGGCUUUCUGUACACAUAAGGGAUAUGAAAACUCUCUUGGCAUUGUAUUCGGUCGACUUCAUGAGAAAUUGGUGUUUUCCAAAGACUAAACGAACAUUCUCGGCCAUGCCAUUAGAUCAAGCCCAUGAGCAAAACAAUAAAACAGUCAAGGACUCUGGUGGAGCAGUGGGUUUGACAGAAAACCCAAAAGCCCUGAAAAGAUGGAUGAUUGCUGGACCAGAACAAUCACGUCUGCUUCAAGAGUUCGACAAGCAAACAGACAAAACACAGUGCGAUUCCAAAAGCCAUGAACAGAGUGAAUCUAGGCAGAACAAGUUUAAGACUCAAGCAUGCCAGCUUUAUUACACAAUCGCAUCAAUGGGAAAUCCAUUUCUGGAAGAAUCCACAGAUUUGAUGACCCUUGAUGAUCAUGAUUGUGUAGAUGAAUCCGUGAGCAAAGCUCUCAAUUCUCUUGAAUCUGUAGGUAGAGAGCAGUAUGAUCUCUUCGUUCAAGAUACCUUUAUGAAGAGAACACAGUCAAUCCAUGCCCCAAUCAAGAAAAACUACGUGCCACUGUUCAAGAGGAGACAGCCUAAAGCCAAAUCCAAGAUUAGAAGUCAGGUUGAUGAUAUCAAAAGUGACUACAGUCUGUUCAGUCAGAUGUUCAUAGCCUGCCAAGUGCGCCAAGCUGACUUGUCCGAGUUCUUUUGCCACGAAAACCAUCAUUGGCCAGUUUCCUUGUCUCAACAUGGAAAGCUCCGCCUGCCAUCCUGCAAAUCAGAAUUGCUUGAUUGUUUUAAGAAGCAUGUGCUUGGAGGAGAACAACCUCAUGUGGAUGCGAAGAUCUUUGAUGGAGCAGCCGUUGUCCAUUCUCUACCAACUGGCGAAGCAAAGACAUUUGGUGAAUACUGUGACAUGGUGUUCUUACCAUGGACAGAAAGGCAGUUGGGCAACUGUAAUAGAAUUGACAUUGUGUGGGACACAUACAUAGAUGGGAGUCUGAAAGAGGCAACCAGAGAAAAGCGAGGAAAGGGGAAACGGAGGAAGGUGUCACGGCAAACAAAAUUACCAGCAAACUUUCCAUUGUUUCUUCGAGAUUCGAAAAACAAGGAGGAACUAUUUGAACUUCUGACAGGUGGAGUCGCAGGAUUCACCUAUGAGACAGGCAAAAACGUCUUCAUCACCUCUGGUAGAAAUGUGUCCUCAAACAGCAGUGAAGUGAUGAAUCCCAGUGAUCACGAGGAAGCUGACACGCGUAUUUGUCUACAUGUUGAGGAUGUUCUGAAGAAAGGUGGCUCAAGUGUAUUGGUGAACACUGUCGAUACUGACAUCAUCAUAGUACUGGUGGGAAACUUUUCAAAACUAGAAGUUCAUAACUCAUCUCUUCAGAUAUAUGUGGCUUUGGGAAAGGCUCUGGCAGAUGACCUCUGUCCAAAGGUCAGUGGCCUGCAAGCUCCUCCUCCUGCUGCUAACCACCACAUGUUCAGUUGUCCCAUCAGCCCUAACCCAGCAUGA